UCUACAGGGAGAGGGAAAAAAACACUCUCUCACACACACAGCCUCCCACAUACACACAAGUACACUGUGCUCAGAGCUAGCAAGGGGCUUUAAAAAGAAAAAAAUAGAAACAAAGGGAUUGUAACUUGCCACAAUGGAGGAAAAUAUGGAUGAUUCUCAAAGCCAGAAAGGCUGUAAGGAGUGCUGUGAGCGAUGUGUUGGCAGCCUGCCCUGGGCCUCUCUCAUCGCAACUAUCCUCCUCUUCAUGGGCGUGGCCUUGUUCUGUGGCUGUGGCCAUGAGGCUUUAAACGGCACUGUCACCAUCCUUCAGAACUACUUUGAAGUCAUCAGAGCCCCAGAAGAAACACUGGACGUGUUCACCAUUAUUGACAUCCUGAAGUACAUUAUCUACGGUCUUGCAGCUGGAUUCUUUGUGUUUGGUGUGCUGUUGCUGGUGGAGGGCUUUUUCACCACCGGAGCAAUUAGGGAUCUCUAUGGAGAGUUCAAGAUCACUGCUUGUGGACGAUGCCUGACUGCAUUCCUGAUGUUCCUGGCCUACCUGUUCUUCCUGGUAUGGCUCGGAGUGACAGCAUUCACCAGCCUGCCGGUCUUCAUGUACUUCAAUGUUUGGUCCAUGUGUCAGAACACUAGCUUGGUAGAGGGAGCCAACCUCUGCCUGGACCUGCGUCAGUUGGGAUUGGUGACCAUCUCCGAGGAGAGAAAGGUGUGUACAGGAUCUGAGAAGUUCGUCAAGAUGUGUGAAUCCAAUGAGCUGGACUUGACCUUCCAUCUGUUCGUGUGCACUCUGGCAGGAGCAGGGGCUGCUGUCAUCGCAAUGGUCCAUUUCCUGAUGGCUCUAGCUGCUAACUGGGGUUAUCUGAAGGAUGCCAGUCGAAUGCAGAAGUAUGAGGACAUCAAGUCAAAGGAGGAGCAGGAGCUCCAUGACAUCCACUCCACACGCUCCAAAGAACGUCUCAAUGCCUACACAUAAACAUACACCUUAGAGAAACAGCACAACACUCUUACCUUUCAGACACACACACACACACACACACACACACACACACACAUUUACACAAGGCCUGACACAAACCUAAGGAUAGCACAAACAUACAAUACACAUGAAAAAAACAACAAAACAUAUAUUUAAAGACACAAAUCUAUGUUGGCAGAAAUCAGUUGUUAACAUAAUUAUGAUGAAAACAAGGACACCAUGCAGUAGAAAAUUGGCUCAGUUGGUCUGUAAAUUGGCUUAGUUGAUCUGUGCUACCACUUUAGCAUCCGCUAUGUUGGUUUGCUUCAUAAUCUUACUAACCCUGACUUCAAUUUUGAGCAAAAGCCUUUUCUUAAAAGUGCAAAUAGGCAGAGAUCACCUUCUCAUCAGAGGAAGAUUGUAUACUGCUGAAAGCUGAAAGUUCAUAUUUCUUAAUAUAAAGACCUAAAUUUUCCAGGGUUGGCAUUGCCUUCCCUUCAACCCCCAAUACCUCAAAGUACCGCAAUGUGUGCAGAGCAAUCAACUGAAACUGUCCUAAAAUCACAGAAAGAAACCAGACAUAAACACAGCUUGUGGAAUGACAGCUAGGAGCUGUUAGCAUGGCACAUGGAAGUCAACAAUUUACAGCAGGCACACGGUUGACCUUGGUGUCAGUGGGCUCAUCCUUUAAUAUAGGGGCGCUCCAACAGGACAAUGUCACUAUAUCUCCCCAACAGGCCCAAUACCUGCAGUACAUGCAUCGCACACAAUUUAUCCACACGGACAUCAACACACACAAAUAGAUGUGGCUGAAUGGUUGGUGUUGUGCAGGCAGUGUUAUAUGGUGGUGUCAUACUGUGUCGUGUUGUUUUGCUACAUUAUAAUGACUGGUAUUUGCAAAGAAAUAUGGUCCCCAAUGAAAUGUGUACAUCCCAGGGACGAAUUCUGAUUCCUUUUUCCUCCAACCCAUCCCAUCCUCUUACUUUACUAUGUGACAUCUUCAUCUUGAGCCUAGUUUCUAUAGUUGUUCCACAUAUUUUUACUACACAUGCUGUUUAACCCACAAGCAGCCAUUUGCUGCACAGUAGGUUUAGUUUUUGAAUUAAAAUGCAGGCUUAAUAAUAAUAAUGAAAACAUAUGUGUACAAGAUUAAGAGUAUAUCAAAAAUCCAAAUUCCCCUAAUAUUGCUUAUUUGUACUUUUUGUCAUGUGCCGGGCACCUUAAAGGUGGAGACAUUACAGAGCCAUAAAAGUUGCGGCAUGAAACGGCACUAAGAAAGGGCCUUUAGACACAUAGUAAAACAGCUUUGUCUCUGGUGAUUUACCCUAAGAAACAGCACAUCUUAGCAGGAAAAGUCUUUUUAACAUGUGGCAUGUUUUCAUAAGUCUGACAAAUAGUUUUUGUUACUUUUUGGAAUUGCCACCUUUUUAAUAAUUUAUGUGAAAUGCGAGCAUUUAGGCUAUUUAAAUGGGGCAGUCGUGUGUGUUUGUGUGUGUGUGUGUGUGUGUGUGUAUGAGUGUGUUUGUGGCAGGGAGGGGUUUACAUCACAUUCAUAUCAUAUUGUCAUGUAAUGGUACUAUAUUGCAUACACACAAACACACACAUACGGACAUAUAUAUAUAUAAAUGAAUAAUGUCCACGCUGAUAAGCUCAAGGUUUAGGAAUGAUUUGUUUUAAUGGAUAGGUUAGUUGAUUUAAGGCUGGUUCCAGUUUCUAUUUGCUGUGUCAAAUAUUUCUUCAUGUGCUUUUAUACGAGAUGCUGUUAUAAGAUUUUGAUCAGCUAAACACGUUGAGUGACCUUGCCAAAUCGUAUCUCAAAACUAGCAAAAACAUUUUUUAU